AUGUCCUCUCCUCCGUCCGGCAAACGCAAGCGCAGCGGCUCGCAACAUCUCUCUGCUGCUGUCCCUGCGCCUGCCGAUCUCCUGCAACCUUCUUCCCGCGACGCGUCCGGCGAGGAGGGCGACGACUCCACGGGCCCAGCCAUCCCGUUGCCCAGUCCGAGCAAGCACAAGAAACAACCGUCUCUGGACGUAACAUCGACCGGCGCUGUGCCCCCCUCAAAGCGGGCCCGGAAGGCUUCCGUCAGCGACCACAACCACGGCCACCUAUCCAACGGCAAUGCGGCGACCGGAGCGCUAAACAAGGAGGAUCCGGGCGAGCCGUCUGAGACCACCGUGGCCAGCAGCGACAUCGAGAACCAGAGCGGCCGACCAGGCCUGCAGGUCGACACGACGACGCCCCCGGAGCACUUGUUGAAGCCGCCGGAGCGCGGUGGAAUACAGGAUCCCGUCGGUUAUCACACCAAUCCGCCUCCGGUAGGUCGGCCGGUGCGGGUGUAUGCGGAUGGAGUGUUCGAUUUGUUUCACUUGGGUCACAUGCGGCAAUUGGAGCAGGCGAAGAAGGCUUUCCCCGAUGUAUAUCUUAUUGUGGGUGUGACAGGUGAUGAGGAAACACAUAAGCGCAAGGGCUUGACGGUCUUGAGUGGGGCAGAGCGUGCAGAAUCCGUGCGACACUGUAAAUGGGUGGAUGAAGUGGUUCCCGAUUGUCCCUGGAUCCUGACCACCGAGUUCCUCGAUGAGCACCAGAUCGAUUAUGUGGCACAUGACGAUCUGCCGUACGGUGCGGAUGAGGGAGACGACAUCUACGCCCCGAUCAAGCGACAAGGGAAAUUCCUCGUCACGCAGCGCACGGAAGGUGUCAGCACCACGGGAAUCAUUACUAGAAUUGUCCGCGACUACGACCGGUACAUUUCCCGACAAUUCAAGCGCGGUGCCUCGCGUCAGGAGUUGAACGUGUCCUGGAUCAAGAAGAACGAGCUGGAGAUUAAACGCCAUGUGGCCGAGCUGCGCGACAACAUCCGGACCAACUGGACCACCACCGGCCAAGAAUUGGGUCGUGAGCUGCGUCAGUUCUGGCAGAACAGCCGUCCCGGCAGCCCGGCGCCCAGCACCCGAAACAGCGUGGAUUUGGGUGGUUCGCGCAGUGGCCUGACCAGUCCUGUGCUCGGCAACAAGUCGCACGUCUCGCGGGUUGAGGCUCUCGGUCGCCCGGAGAGCCCGAUGGGCACCGGCCGGAAUGAGCCUGAUUACUUUGCGACUGGGUACAGUCUGGGUCUGAUUGGUGGUGUUCGAUCAUGGAUGCGUAGCCGCCAGUCCCUAGUGGGCAGCCGGGCGCCCUCUCCCACAAGCGAGGAAGACCAUGAAUCAGAAGCAGAGCGCAGCAGCGGACAACAGCUUCAACAAGAACAUGAGUAUGAACAACAACAUGCAGCUGACGCCCGGGCUUGA